UUUUUUUACAGCGGCAUCCAUAAUCAUUCCAGACCAAUUCAUUCAUUCGCCAUCCCCCAACGCGCUUAGACAUAUUCGAAAAAAGGAAUUACACUUGAACAAUACAAUCCGCUAGAAGAUGCGUUCCAUCUGGCUAUUGCUGGGAUUGGCGCUGCUGGCCUUGUCGCAGGUCCAAGCCGCCGAAGAGGAGGAUCUGGAUCUCUCAGAUCUGGACUUGUCCGACAUGGAUGAGAACGAAGAGGAGUUCCUGCGCCUGCUAGAGGAGAAGGCCAAGAUCAAGGAUGUGGAGCGUGAGAAUGAGAUUGCCAGCCAAUUGGCCACCGUGCAGCAUAAUCUCCUCAAUCCCGUCGUGGAGGUGGAUCUGUGCGAGACCAUGCCUUGCGGUGCCGGUCGCAUCUGCCAGUUGACCAACGAGAAGCCCGAGUGCGUGUGCAUUCCAGACUGUCCCGAGGAGGUGGACACGCGUCGUCUUGUCUGCACCAACACGAACGAGACCUGGCCCUCGGAUUGUUCCGUCUAUCAGCAGCGCUGCUGGUGUGACAUCCAGCACGAAGGCUGCCGCAAUCCGGACAACGCUCACAUGCACAUCGACUACUACGGCACCUGCCACGAGCCACGCACCUGCGACGGCGAGGAUCUGAAGGACUUCCCGCGCCGCAUGCGCGACUGGCUGUUCAACGUGAUGCGCGAUCUGGCCGAGCGCGACGAGCUCACCGAACACUACAUGCAAAUGGAGCUGGAGGCGGAGACAAACCACUCCCGUCGCUGGUCCAAUGCUGCCGUUUGGAAGUGGUGCGAUCUGGAUGGCGACACCGAUCGUUCCGUGUCCCGUCACGAGCUUUUCCCCAUCCGUGCGCCGCUGGUCAGCCUCGAGCAUUGCAUUGCCCCGUUCCUGGAGAGCUGUGACUCGAACAGCGAUCAUCGCAUCACACUGAUCGAGUGGGGCGCCUGCCUGGAGCUGGAUGCCGAUGACCUCAUGGAGCGGUGCGACGAUGUCCAGAAGGCACAGCCGCAUCUCAUGGGCUAGCGCAACGACGCCCGCUGCUUAUAUCCGUUUAACAAUCCUAAUUUUUCAACACAUUUCGUGCACAAAGUUUAUUGCAACAUUCAAUAAUAUUUGUAAAAUGUCUCUAAUAAAUUGUUGUUUGGGGAAAUAA